AUGAUUAUCCCAAUCCGAUGCUUCUCUUGUGGAAAGGUUGUCGGCGAUCUUUGGGAGCGAUACCUCAAGAUGAUUGAGGAAGAGGGACUUGCUGAUGGGGAGGCUAUGGACAAACUCGACCUGAACCGCUACUGCUGCCGAAGAAUGAUCAUGACACACGUGGAUUUGAUUGAGAAACUCCUACGGUAUAAUCCUGCCGAUCCCGCGAACCAGAAGCAUCGACCGAAGGCUGGGUCGUGA